AAAAAUUGGAGCCCCGUUUUCGUUUCCGGGUGAUCCGAUUACCCGGAAAAUUUUGAAAUUUUUUGGCCGUUCUCGUUUUCUGGAAGGAGAAAUCUGUGCUAUUUCUGGAAACGUAUUAGAUCUUCGAGCUGAUUUCGGGAUCUUUGUCGGAGAUUAUCGCGGUAUUUUAGGUCCGGGAGGCGAUCAGAUUCCUUUUGUUUCUUACUCACUGGCAGAUUUCCAGAAUCGGAAUCGUCUCGCUCGGAGAAGAGUUUGAGGGGCCAGGCCUUUGAUGGCCUAUAUAUAGGUGUAGAUACGGAACAAAGCAAAUCAGUGUUGGGACGAAAAUAAGGGCGGAGCCGGAAAAGCAAAAGCAGAGCUGAUUUUCGCUUACGAGGUUGAAGGAACGCUUAGUCCGAAGAAAUUUACAAGAGGGCUUAAAAAAGGGGAAGAACAAAAGCAAGCAAAGAUGUUUACUUGCAUAGCUUGUACGAAACAAAUGGCAGAUGGAGGCGAGGAGGUAGAAGGCGGAGCGCGUGGGAGCUCCACUCCCAAUACUAAAGAAGCCGUCAAAAGCCUAACUACACAGAUCAAAGAUAUGGCGCUGAAAUUCUCUGGUGCUUAUAAACAAUGCAAACCAUGCACAGGGUCCAGCGGCUUGAAGAAAGGGCCCAGGCCUUACCCGGAUUUCGACACUGCUUCUGAAGGUGUUCCCUAUCCUUAUCCGGGCGGAAGCUCGACUUCCACCCCUGCCUGGGACUUUACGAGCUCGACCCACCAUCCAGCUGGUCGUCCUGAGUCGAGAUUCACGGCAGUGUAUGGCGGAGAUCGAGAAUCUAUUUCGGCACAGUCAUGCGAUGUGGUAGUAGAGGAUGAUCAUGAGCCAAAGGAGUGGAUGGCUCAAGUGGAACCCGGUGUUCAUAUCACUUUUGUUUCACUUCCCAGUGGAGGAAACGAUCUGAAACGGAUCCGUUUCAGCCGGGAGAUGUUUGACAAGUGGCAGGCCCAGCGAUGGUGGGGUGAGAAUUACGAUAAAAUCGUAGAGCUAUAUAAUGUACAGAGAUUUAACCGUCAAGCCCUUCAAACGCCUGCUCGGUCCGAGGACCAGAGGGAUUCAACUUAUUCGAAACUCGAGUCAGCAAGAGAAAGCAAAGACUGGACGCCAAGGCAGAACUAUAGACCACCUCCAGGAGCCAGUGUGCCACACCACUUCUACGGCGGUCCUAGCCACUACGGAACCGGCGGCCAGUCGGGACCUUCCAUGGAUGCAGCAAGGACCACCACUUCAUCCAGAGAUGAGCCACCGUCUAUAAGUAAUGCGAGCGAAAUGCAGGCUGAGUGGGUCGAAGAGGACGAGCCCGGGGUUUACAUCACCAUCAGGCAGUUGGCUGACGGGACAAGGGAGUUACGCCGUGUCAGAUUCAGCCGGGAAAGGUUUGGGGAAGUGCAUGCAAAGACAUGGUGGGAGCAGAACAGAGACAGGAUACAGUCACAGUAUCUCUAGCGACUUCUCUUCUUCUUCUUCAAUGUCUUCCAAAAAAAAAAAAAAAAUCCAUCUCCUUGAUAAUAUCACACACAAAA